AUGAAUCUCAAUCUCUCCGCCUCGCUCAACGCGACGCGCCUCCUCUUCAAGCCGAGCACAUGCCUGCCUCACCACACCGUCUCCACCUUUAACGACCUGCCCAUCCCGCUCGACAGCGCGCUGCACGCCCGUGGUUUGCAAGCCAACAUUCGCGCCGUCGUCCUCGACAAGGACGACUGCUUUGCGUAUCCCGACGCCAAGCACGUCUACGAGCCCUACAAGGAGCACUUUGAGAAGCUGCGCAAGGCGUACCCCGGGCGGAAGCUCCUCGUCGUCUCCAACACGUCGGGCGCCACGUCGUGGGACAAGAACCUCGCCCAGGCCGCGGCCGUCGAGGAGAGCACGGGGGUGCACGUGCUGCCGCACGCCGUCAAGAAGCCCGGGUGCGGGCCGGAGAUUAUGGCCUACUUUCGGCAGCACCCGGAGACGGGCGUGACGGACGCUUCGCAGGUGGCCGUCGUGGGCGACCGGCUGACGACGGACAUGAUGCUGGCCAACAUGAUGGGCGGCUGGGGCUUCUGGGUCCGGGACGGCGUGGUGCCGCUGCGGCAGAAGAGCAUGUUUUCGCGAAUGGAACGAAAUCUACAUUCGUUUCUUGUGGCGAGAGGCGUAAGGCCGCCACAGCCUCGGACUGGAACGGACUCGUAG